AUGGCCACUAAACCCUUCGCCAUCAUCGCUGGUGUCGGCCCAGGCACUGGAGCCUCCAUCGCCCGCCGCUUCGCCAAAUCCUACCCCAUCGUAGUCCUAGCCCGCAACCCAGCAAACUACCAGCCGGUCGUGGACGAAAUCAACUCCGCUGGCGGCCAAGCCACCGGCAUCAGCGCCGAUCUCUCCGACACCACAGGUGUCCGUUCCGCCUUUGAGCAGAUCAAAUCGCAGUUUCAGGGUUCAUCGCUAGCAGCCGCCGUAUUCAAUUCGGGUGGUGGUUUCGUGAGGAAGCCUUUUCUCGAGUUGACCGAGACGGACUUUGCUUCCGGCUUUGAGAGUCAGGGAAAAGGAGCAUUCAACUUCGCCCAGAAUGUCCUCCCACUCUUCCCUGCUGAGUCGCAAGGAGGGCUGAAAUACCCUCCUACUCUCAUUUUCACCGGCGCGACAGCCAGUCUCAAGGGCUCGGCGCAAUUCGCUUCCUUUGCGGCGGGCAAGUUCGCGCUGAGAGCGUUGGCGCAGUCGCUGGCGAGGGAGUUUGGACCGAAGGGUAUUCAUGUCUCGCAUGUUAUCAUUGAUGGGGUUAUUGAUAUCCCGAGGACGAAGGGGUGGGUGUUUGAGAAGGAGGAUGCCAAGUUGGAUCCUGAGGCUAUUGCCGACUCGUAUUGGCAUUUGCAUACGCAGCCUAGAACGACGUUUGGGUUUGAGUUAGAUUUGAGGCCGUAUGUGGAGAGGUGGUAA